CACAAAGUUAAGCUCUUAAAUAUAAUAAAUGAGCACGCAAUUCGCCAAGGUACUUCAACCGUACCGAGUGCAGCACGCGUUCCAUUCACAUAUUAAAGUCCCCAUCUGGCAAGGUCUGAAAAUUUUCUCCGCCUGCUGCGAGGAUAUCCUUCCCCUACCACAGAUUCUUCCUGAAAAAGCGCGCCUCGAGUGCUUUAGGAAAUGCGGCUGGGACUUUAGUUUAUUCUUGACUCUGACUUAACUUUCGGACGAGUACGAUAUCGUGAGUCGCACGGGAUUUCGAGUUGCGUAUAGUCUGUUUUUCGUGUAUGCAAAUAGAGCGGCAUAUAGAGACAAUUUUUGUGCAUUGACUUUGCUUUGUAAGGAUGCAUCCACACAUAAUACAAAUCGAAACGUGCAUGUACUGAAGCCAACUUUACGAAAAGGAAGUUCGAAUGGCCUUUCAAGUCACGUCCAGCUGAAAAUUUCGAGAUUCGUUGACCGUACUACCAAACUUUUGGUACUACACCCGAGAGUUAAUAUACCCGAAAACAAUGGAUCUCGAUAAUCCCAGCUACUUUUCAAUGUCUACAGACGAACCAGACUGUAGCCAUGCGCAGCUGAGAAGAAAAAAUAGAAACGGCAACUCAGAAAGUUCCUCUGAAGUAUCGUUAACUCGACAACUAACCCCACCUAGAUAUCACAAUCGCAGACCAGAAAACAGAAAUUUUCUGAGAUCUGUUAGUACAAAUUCGGCAGACUCGAACCAAGAACUCUUAAUAAUGGGAGAACCAAGAUUGAGCGAUAUGGCUCCAGAUUUAGCAUUUAAGCACCCUAGUCGUUCAAAUUCACUUAAAAGAUCUCAAGAAAACGGUCAGUAUUUUCCAUUACCUACCUCCGAAGAAGACAUUGUUGAACUAGUUGAAGAGGACGAAGUCUUUUUGGAAGAAGACUGUGCUAGAUAUACUAAUUUUAGUGCAGUCAAAAGGAUUAUGAAUGGAAAUAGUAGUCCAAAAGGCACUAGUCCUAGAAGACACUCAAUUGGCACUUUUGGUAACCGGGAUAGGACCAACAGUGUUGCUUCAUCAGCUCGUAGCUUCAAAGAUGAUUUUUCCUCAAUGAUGCAAGAAAGUGUUGCUACAACUUCAGCUAUUGAUGAGCAUUCAUUGAGGCACAUGUCUUAUCCUAGAAAAAGAUGUUUGAAGUGCUCUAAAGGCACAUUAUCAAAGCAACCAGCCAAUAUGGACGACAUUCUCAUAGUCUCUAGAAAAAGCAGCGAGCCUGCCAACCUCUGGGUGGAAUAUUUUGCAUCCUAUUUCGACCAAAUUAGCAAUCAGGCAAAAAGAAAACCAUUCAAAAUUCAAAAUCUCGCUUUAGAAGACGCACUCACUCCAAAAAUAGAAGAUACCAAGUUUAUUGAAGGCACCACCGGUGUAAAACUUCAACUUGUAGUCGUUUGUCCUGAAUUCUUGGACUUCAUCGCCCAACACCCUGAAGAGUCUGCUAGUUUGUCUAAACUUUUGUUACCUGAUAGAACAUUGGCACUAUUAUUGGGAGUCAAAGAUGUUGAUCUUACUGAUGUUCACAAAAAUGCUCUUCCAUUAUACUUUCAAUGGCAAAGACAAUCUGUAGGUCAAGACCAAGACCAAAAUUUCACCAAAGAAUUUCUAAACCAAGCUAUGGCAAUACUGUCAAAAAUCUGGAAACAACAAAGCUCAGUUGUAUCCCAAGAAAAAGCUUGCUUCACCAUUUCACCCAAAAAAAUAAAACAGGGACAAAACAGCGUAUUCAUCAUCCUGGCAUAUCCGCUCCAAAAAGAAGACAUAGUAAAAAUUUCCGUAGAACGCAACAGAGAACUGCAAGAAGUCAAAUCAAUGAAGCGACGAAAUCCUUACGUUAUCAAAAUUGCUUUGCCCGAAAACUUGACAAACACUAGAGCAAUUAUUAACAUCCUUGUGGAGAAAAAUGGAAGCAUUAUUGGAAGCAAACCAAUCAAAUGCGAAAGCAAAAUGACAGAAUUGGAACUUAUUUUGAGGUCUAGCAAUAACCCAGUUGAAUUUAUGUCACAGACUCUCGGCUUUAGUCCAGCAGAUAGAGAUCUCCUAGACAAUUGGCUGGUACAAGGUUUCCAAAAGAACUUACCACCACAUUUGAACUUACUGGGAACUCAUACAACACCUUUUGCUGCCAGCAUAUCCGUUCACAAGCACAGUAACGAAGAAUUUCCGACUCUUCUUCAUUUCGCUGCCAAAUUCGGAUUGGAAAAAUUAGCCAUUCAACUUAUGGAUUGUCCCGGAGCAGAUGUAGCUUACGAAAUUAGAAAUUGCUUUAGCAAGACUCCUAUUGAGAUUGCAGAUGAUAAUGGACAUGGUAUGUUAUCGCAAAUGCUAAGAGGCUACAUGAAUAUGAAUGAAGUUGCUACAGUUUAUACUAAGCUUAUGGAGAUUAAUUUACAACAUAAUAAUGAUGAAGAUGAAGAAGGCUAUUUAAAACCAAAACAAAUUGAGAAUAUGUACAAUAAUAUGUACAAAUUAUGUCCUGCCCCAAGGCCAGUGAAUCCUGGAAGUUUUCCCAGUACCAGUACAACUCCUUCAAGUGAUUGUGGAAGUUCUUUGUAUUUAGCAAUGGAUAGAUCACCAAUAGCAUUUUCUCGUGAAGACCUUCACAAAGUUUCAGAUGAACAGAUCAGUCAAAAGAAAGAGCAACAAAAACGAACUCAUAGGUCACCAUCGCCCAAUACGAGAAAACAGAAAGAGCCAGUGAUUGAAGAUAAAUUCCAAAUGGAGUUGGCUGAAAUAUUUAAGGAUUACAAGAAUAAUAUUCAUUCUAUGGCAGAGACUGAACGUUUGGUGACCGAAUGGAAAAAUCGUAACGACGUCCAAAAAUCCUUCAAAGAAAAACAGGAACAACUGAACGAACUAAGACAAGCCUACGACCGAGUGCAACAAGAAUACAAGGCAAAAUCCAAGAAGCCGUCUCCUAUGGAGCGUCUCAUAAAACUCUUCUUUGGACACCGCAAGCACAGCUCGCAAGAAGAAAAACCGGUUGAAUUGACUUCGCUAAACGUCAUCGGACCGGCAUUGGCUUUGAAUCAAAGCGCAAGGCCUGUCAGCAGUUUGAGUACUUCUUCAAGUGGUUCUAGUGCAAGGAUGAGUACUAUUAGUGGUUGCAGUGUUGGCGAUAGUGGUACUCAUUCGGAUAAUGAAGACAGAAAGCUAUUUGCAACCAGUAACCCAGAUGCUGAAUUCUUUACAAAAACAAUAGCGGACGUUCAUUAUACUCCCCUUCCAGCACCUAAGCCUGUCAAAUUUCCAGCACUGUAUCAUUUCGAGACUAUUGAAGAAAAUAAACCAAUUUCCAGGCCUUCUACGUUGCCCAUCAACGAACAAUUUUAUAUUCAGUGUCCACCAAAUGGGCAACCUGUGAAAGGUUUUAAUGAAACAAAUACAAAGGAAGAAUCAACACGCAACGAGUACAUGAACGUGCCAAGACCACCUGAAGGAGGCCACGAAUAUAUCAAUUAUAAGCCUCUGUAAAGUCUUGAUAAAUAAGAUUUUUUUAUGUAAUCUACUUAGUUUUUGGAUCAAAUUUUUGUAAAUAGUUUUAAUUUAAAUUUGUUUUUAUUGAAUUUAUAUUUUGUCAGUCCAAAAAAUUGAAUAAGUUUUUUAUAUUAAUAUUCAAAUAUAUCAAUAUUGUUGUACUGUUUUUUACUGUAUCCACAUUAUUUAUCGAUGUUUUUGUGUUAUUAAACAAUUUGUUUAAUCAUUUAUGUACCUUUUUCUUAAAUUAUUAUUUAUUUAUUUGGCUCUGAUAUUUUUGGAAGUGUCGAACAAAAACUUUUUAUAUUUUUAUAUAAGAUUGCAAUUUUAUACUUUGUACAUUACAUUUUAUUGAAAUAAAUAAUUGUGUUUUAAUA